CCAUUUAGCUCCGUCACUCACUUGAGCCUUGAGCCCACUCCUUGGUCAUGUUGGAGGUUAUAAACCGUCAAGUACCAAGCUCCCACCAAUCAACAAACAUAACAAAAAUUUAAGGAGAGUUUACAAGUUUUAUCGUUGGAAAAAACUCAUUUUUAACCGAAUGACACUGGAAGAAGAAGCUGUCGAAUGGACAGCAUACUCGGAUUUACAUCUCAUCAACUCCCUGGCGGGUCUAAGGGCCGUAGUCGGUCCUUUUGUUGCAGGGAUCAACCAUAACUUUUGCAUGGCACUUGUCACACACAGAUUUUCCAUGGCGAUGCAUGUGAAAUUAGUCACCAGCAAGCUCAGAGAAAGGCUGAGCAAUUUUUAUGAUUUUGAAGCUGCAGAAAAACUGUCAGGAGAGGUACUUUUUCCAAAUGAAGUGCGCCCGUUUACACUACCUUCUGAGUACAAAGAAAAGAUCGAGGCGAAGAAAGCAGCAUUUGAAAUGUCAAACAACAAACCGAAGCGAAAUAGCAAUGCGCCCAAAGUUGUACCUGUAGUUAAAAAUACAAAAACACCAAAAAGAUCAGAUGUAAAGGAUGAAAAGAAGACACCGCUAAGCCAAAGCAAAAGGAAGACUAGAAUUGAGAAAAAUGAAACAUUAAGUGGGAAGAGAAGAAGAUAGGACUAUCAAAUAAUAUUUGUUUAAAUAAUAUAUUUAACAUUGUAUGAGUUUAAUAGUUAUAUUGGACUCAUAUACAUGUGACAAUACAUGUUAAAAAUAAACAUAAACAAACAGCUAUUUAGGAUGAAAAUAUAUUUUCUUAUUGCUCAAAGGUUAAACUUACAUUUAUUUGUACUAUAUGUAAUGUGUAAAAAUGGAUGAAUUGAAAUUUUGAUUUUAUAAAUCAUGUUUUUGUAUUUUUACUCCAAUG